AUGAUCAGAGAGAGAAAAAUGAUGAAACAUAUUGCAGUGAUAUUCUUGUUUAUAGACAACGUCUUCUUAGCGAACGCUGUCACCGUCGACCACAAGUGCAGCACAGGAGGGCGGCUGACUGUGUUAUGGUGGGGCCAGGAGCCGUAUAUUUACAAAUCUGGGGACAAGCAGGAAGAUAACUUUAAAUCAAAAGUAGAUGCACCGGCGUCUAUAUCAGGGAUGUUUCCAUUAAUCUUGGACAAAGCCCUUGAACGUUGUUGUAAAAGCAGCACAACACUGAACUACACGCAGGUCCCUGAAGGUCCUGCUGGCUUAGAUCAACUUCUGGCCGCCGAAGACUUUGAUCUCAUUUUACCCGUGGGGGCAGAGGUUGGAGCAGGAACUGUUCGUCAGUUCUCGUUCACUGGGUUGCUUGAGUCCCCUGGAGUUGCAGUGCUUAUCAAGGGAAACGUGUCUGGGGCUCAGUUAUUGCUGUCUGUUCUUCAAGGCUGGCCCAUCCUUGUGUUCAUUCUCAUUUCUGCCUCGCUCGCCGGAGUGGUUAUCUGGUUAUUUGUAAGUAACAAUAUGUCUUACUGCUUUGAUUGAUAAGCCGAAUAAUUCGUGCAAAACUGACAUGGCGGUAGAAAACGUCGCCGUUGCCUUUUAAAGAUCAUGGUUUAGUGUAGACACUUAAAAAAAUGGGCGGGUGGAAAGUGACUGGAAUCAAGCUGCCUUUUUUUUGAUGAUCCAUUAAGCGUGGGCCCAGCACGGCGCACUAACACUAUCCAUAUCAUGGGGUAGUCCGGAUCAUCGAUUUUUUCGGUCAUUGGCUCUGGUACAAAAUUUUGAUUUUUCACUUAAAAUCAAAUCAAAACUCAGUUGUUUAAGGUCAUCUAACCAGGGCUCGAUGUUUCGUUAUUAUUUCGCCUCAGAUAUCGAUUCUCUUCUUGUUUACUGGACGAGGUGGUUUUUGUUCAACUGACAAUCCACGCACAACUCAAGCAAACGAACAUUUUUGUCUAAACGUUAAAUUGAAGAAGACAUAUUUAGUUUCAUCGUUAUGAAUAAAAAGUUUGACCACAUUUUCCUCUCUCAGGAACGGAAGGAGAAUACAGAGCAAUUUCCCGAGUCAUUUUCCCAUGGUGUGUUUGAAGGAUUCUGGUGGGCUUUCAUAACUAUGACAACCGUUGGGUAAGUACUAGUGCGAACAGAAUAGAUAAUCCUCGUCCAAAUCAACCAGGUGCACUUAUCAUAACGGGGAAAACGGGAUUAAUAUUGUUAGCAAUUGAAAAGCUAAGAACCUUUGUUUUGUUAGUUGUUACACUACGCAGUUAAAUCAUGAGAAGGCGAUUUUUUUUAAUCCGCGAACCGUUCUUUCGCUGAAACACCAUCAUGUAGUUUCCUUGCGUUUGAAGGCCGUUUAUAGUUGCAAGCUCAAUUACAACGGAUUGAUGACCUGCGCUAAAGUUUGGACAACACGAAAUAUAUUUUGACUAAACCAAAAAACAGUUUUAUUGCGAAUCCAUUGUGCUUUGCAUAUCUGCAUUUGCAUUGCUCUCAAAGAAAGGCUCACUCAAGAAAAGGCUAACUUUAACUAAUCGCGACUCCAUAUACAUGUUUUACAAAAAGUUCUAGAACAUUCCAGAGAUCUGUAAUACAACUAUUUUUAGUAACAUUACAUUGCUGUUACAUAAUAAGAAAUCAUGCUGACUGAGGGUUCUAGGAAGUUCCAUUAAGAGUUCUCAAUGAGUCAGCAUGACUAAGCGUUCUAGAAACUUCUUCGAUUCUAUAUUUAGUAAUUCCGUAACACAACGCACUCUCCAUAACAGAAGCCCAAACAUGUAUACCACAUCAUCCAUGCCUAAAACAUAAGAUUACUUGAUAAAACUAUGGCUUGACACGAGAGGAAAAGCUACUUGAGUAAAGUUAGUUAGGAGCCAAAUUUCUUUUAGCGUUUGAUGGCCAUUUAUAGUUACACGCUCAUCUACAAGUAAGUCAGCCGUCAACAAAUCUCGUAACCCUCAUGCUGGCGUAAGUGAGACCUAACAUUGGGAGUAAGUUGUAUUGUUAAGAUGCAAGGAACCGAGUGAUACCGCCCUCAGCUGAGCAAAUUUAAGACUCUUGCCGCUCAGCAGACGAAAUGCAUACAGUUGAAGUACUGCUAUGUCAUGAUGAUAAAAUGGCUGAGGUAUUGUGCGAGUCUUGUGCCAUUACUGCAAAAAAGUACUUUCUAUCUCCUUAGACCUUAGACCUUAUACCUCUUGUGCAUCUCAACCACAAAACACAACAAAUCAGAAAUCGCCAAGGAACGUAACAAGAUUUUAGAGGGUGGAUGAAGAGAUGAGCUCUUGCUUAAGGGAAUAAGUAUUAAUAUAUUACUUGAUGUUGAAGUUAUGAAGAGGAAAAUAUUGGCAGCUACAAGAAACUAUAAUGAAAAUGUUCCUGCUUGAAACGUUUGACAAAAGAACAGAGCAUCUUCAAUGUUAUCCGCCAUUUUAGUUGUCAUUGCUCAACUUUUACUAUCGAGUGCUCUUCAAGUGUUAUAAGGACCAGUCAGGGUGAAGGUUCCUAACGGAUUCGUCUCUGCAAGGUGAUGAAGAUAAAAGCAAAGUUCUUUCCUGUCAGCAAAUUUUAAGUUCGUGGGCGUCGAGUCACUGAAUAUGUAGGUAUGAAAUAGAUUGAUAACCUUUAUUAUUGUUUUCUGUCAUCUCUAAGAUGCAUGCUGGAGGCUAUUACAAGAAAUAAUAACAUCUAAAGAAAGUAGAAUUGUAAUAGCUUUUGUACAAAUAUUGAUUUUCUUUUGCCAUUAUACAUAUUCUUCCUAUGUCGUCAGUAUUUCAUUAAAGCGAUUCGAAAUUUCAUUCAAAACGAUAAAGUGAGCUUCGCUCACUUGUUCGUUUUUUGUUGAUGCAUUGCAACUCGUGAAUAAAAAUCGUUCGUCCGCUCUUUCCAUGGAAUAAUCUCUAUUUAUUUAAGCAAUAGACCAUACUUCCUAUCGGUUAACAGUUUGAUGACCGUCAUUAUCAUCUGAAACUUUGGGUUUGUUUCAGAUUUAACAUUAAGCUUACGAGUGCACCAUUUGUGGCUAUAUCUUUUAUCUGAAGGGAUUAUGCUCUUUUAUUAAGAACACAUAGGCUUAAACUAUCGACCCUUGGCUGAAUGUCGCAACGCGAAACUUGAAAUCAUUGGAAAUGGCUCAGAGACAAUUAUAAUCAUUUUCUGUGGAUGUGUAAGGAUGUUUUGGCCACCAACCACUUGUUAAUUACCGGGUGACAGAGAGGAAAGUUUGUGUAGGCACAGAGUAGAAGGAGUUUAAAUUCUACCACCUUGUUGACAUUCAGUCACUUUUGCGUAAAGUUCACAUAACAGAAAUGAAAAUAAUACAUUACUCGGUACUUUGAAACGAGAAAGGUCUUGACAACAGCAGAUGUUUUAUUUCUGUUACUGAUAAAAAGCCAAUAGUUUUUUGUUUAUUUUUGUCUUUCCAUCCUUGAUAAGACACAUUUUAAGCGAAUUGUGGCUAAAUGACAACGAGAAUUCGGUUUUUUUUUUUUUUGCUAACAAAGCAAAUUCAGUAUAGGCUGGUUUGUUUCAAGGCUGACUUAAAUAACCCACACACACCUCAAGGAACAUAUAUGUAUAAAGGCAAAAGAAAAUCAAUAUUGUAUAGAAGUUAUUACAAUUUUACUUUCUCUAAAUGCUAUUCUUUCUUGUAAUAGCCUCCAGCAUGCAUCUUAGAGAUGACAGGAAACAACAAUAAAGGUCAUCAAUCUAUUUCAUAUAUACAUAUUUAAUGACUCGACGCCCACGAACUUAAAAUUUGCUGACAGGAAAGAACUUUGCUUUCAUCUUCAUCACCUUGCAGAGACGAAUCCGUUAGGAACCUUCACCCUGACUGGUCCUUAUAACACUUGAAGAGCACUCGUUAGUAAAAGUUGAGCAAUGACAACUAAAAUGGCGGAUAACAUUGAAGAUGCUCUGUUCUUUUGUCAAACGUUUCUAGCAGGAACAUUUCCAUUAUGGUUUCUUGUGGCUGCCAAUAUUUUCCUCUUCAUAACUUCAACGUCAAGUAAUAUAUUGAUACUUAUUGCCUUACACAAGAGCUCAUCCCUUCAUCCACCCUCUAAGAUCUUGUUACGCUCCUUAGCGAUUGCUGACUUGUGUGUUGGGUUUGUUUUGGAGCCAGUAUUUGUCGCAUACUUAAUGUCGGUACAUUAUGGGAACUGGAAAGUGUGUUUUCCGUUGGUUCACCUUUCGGCUGCUGUCGAAAUGCUUUCCUGUGUAGUAUCUUUACUAACGAUGACCGCAAUAAGUGUGGACAGGUUGUUUGCCCUGUCACUGGGUGUGAGGUACAGACAAAUAGUCACUUCUAAACGCGUGGCGUUGGCCGUUCUCUGUCUUUGGACCGCAAGUAUUUGUGCAUCAGCCUCGGUAUACUGGACUUUUGACAUCAUUGGAUAUUAUAGCGUUACGGCUUUCACAUUAGGUUUGACAGUUUCAACUUGCUGUUACGCAAAGAUAUAUCAAAAGCUCCUUCAUCAUCAAGUUCAAUUACAAGGCAGUGUUCCCGGCAGAGCUGCACCAUUAAACAUCGCGCGAUACAGAAAAACAGUGUCCAGUGCAUUGUGGGUAUAUUUUACAUUAGUUGUGUGUUAUCUCCCAGCAGGCAUAGUUACAGGUUUGGUUGUGAUUCACCCUGGAGAAACCAGGGUACCGAAUCUUCUGCUUGCGUGGGUAAUGACAUUUACACUUUCUUUUUUGAAUUCUACGCUUAAUCCAGUUGUGUAUUGCUGGAAGAUCACAGAACUGAGAGAAACAGUCAAGGCCACAGUGAGACAGAUGUACCGCUAGAAAAUAGUAUAAGUAUUUUAAUCCUAACAGUAAUAAGCAUCUAAUGUCUCCCCACAGUAUCACUGCUGAGUCUAGCUCAAGUCUUGAGAAUAAAGGAAAUGAUCAUCAUCCUAAGAAACUCUUCUCCUAAUACUCUUUUACAAUAGCAGAGGAAAUGUAUACAGAACAGUAUUGAGAAUCCGCCAACUGAUGUUGGUGACUGAAGGGUUGCGGUUAUAAGCUUACAUACCACAGAUGCUUUUUUUCGGUGGGCCAUCUCAACAUAGCUUGAAAAAGUAAUUCUGUAAUAAGAAGUUGCUCAGCUAAUAAAUAUUUGCACCAAAUAAAUUAUUUAUUAUACUUGAACAUUUAGACUUAACGGUCACUUCUCGUCACUUCUGUGGCUGUUUUUGGUUGAAGGAAACAGAUUGUCAAACAGUCGUACUUUUACGACAUGGUUUGGUCAUGUCUGUCGCAGCGUUUUGCCUUAUAUUUUGUACUGAAGCUCAGAAGAUAUGUUUAUGGCCAUUUUAAAGCAGUGUAGGGUAAAACUGAUGCAACCAAGCAACUCGCCUACAGCAAUGAAUCUUGUUUUUCUCCUUAUCCUAAGAACCGUAAACAUGCAGUGAGAAGGUUAUUACUGGCAAAUCUUAAACUGUUGUUACUACUACGCGAAUGUUUCGAGCUGACAAGGUUCAGUUUGCAAAAAUUAAUACUGAACGGCCAAUUUGAAAUAGAAAUGACGCUGUUUAUCUUUUCUGUGCUUUAUAUUGAACAAUGUGAGCGUAAUUUUCAAUGUGAAGCCAAAAAUCGGAGUGAAAAUGAUUGAGAACGCCUAAAACGAAAUCAAAACAAAAAGUUUUUCUCUAUGUACAGCAACAUAAUAGACUUACAGCAGACUAUAACAAUCGGUAAAUAAUUAAAUAAUAUCGCUUAUUUGCUCUUUUCUCCCGCUAUGUAUAUCCGGGUUUGAUCGCUCAAUAAGCAACACCCAUAUAAUUUCCGGGCACCCGAAUGAUGAAAAACCUGUCUCAAGCAUACCAUAAAAUAAUGACAAUGCAGAUUGGAUGGCGCUUAGAGAGGAAACGCUUUUAAUUUACCAUCGACGUUGGUCCAAUAUUUCGUAUCAAGAUCGAUCAAGAGAUUCUAAACAGUUCUUAAUCUCUUGGAUAGAUUAAAUAAAUAAUCAGGAUUUUCCCUCAAGCAAAUAAAACCCUAAUAGCUUCUCUCUCAUUAAAACAAAGUAGGCGAAGAAUCCAACAUCAAAUCAUGGCUCGUGAAUCAUGCAAAAAUGCUGUGGGUUAACGAAGAGUUUAUAAUGUUUCGCCAGCAAAGUUGUUUUGCAACUGAAAUAUCUCACUUUCAAGACUAUGGAUUUUACAGUUAAGUGAUUGUGAAACCACUUUAAAUUACGGUAUCAACGAGCGCUUUUCAUUCAAUAAUUUAUUCUUGUUUUCUCGUCACCAUAUUCCCACCAAUAACGUAGCUCCAUUUUCUGCAUGUAAACCCAAACACAACCCACAAUUCCUCUAAUCGCUCUGACGAAGCGCUAACGCUCGAAAAGUCAGCUUUUAAACUCUUUACGAUGACCAAUUUACGUUAUCAACUUAGUUGAUAAUACUAAAUUACAAAGAAAUAUAAUAUUUACAUAUCCAUGAUAAGAAUACUCAAUCGUAAGAGUAAAAGAGUUAAAAUAUGCGCUUUUUUCCCAAACUCUUCUUAAUUAGUCGAUAAUAAGACACUGCAUGUGAGGACUGUAACGAUGAAUUUAGGUUAAAAAAGCUAAUUUUUAUACUCCAACAUAAAACGAGCAGUUACAUGUUCGAAAGCCACGAAGUAACUGACAACCCCAAAUGCACACAUUGUUAUAAGAACAUUAGUAGCGCGCUCGUUGGGAUCAGUUCAUGUGUUUAGUUAGUAUGUUCCUCCCUUAAACUUAGAGCCUGGUAUUUUAUGCCGCAUACUUGCAACAAUAUUUUGUCAUAAGGACACUCAAAUUAACUAGAAUUAUUUAGGUUUCGAGUGUUAAGUCUUCGUCAAAGCGAAAUAUUUGCUCUGACAUCCGCUCAGAAACUCUUAUUAGUGGCCAAUUAUGUGAGAGUAGUCCUGAAAAGGACUGUUGGCACCUUCUUAUGGAAAAAUUUAUGGAGACCCCUGAAAUAAUAGCUAAUUAUUUGCCGUAAUUUUAAGGUAAACAAACAUUGUAAAGCGUAAUGAUGAAUCUAUAUUUUAGGUAUGGAGAUUUGGCGCCCAAAACAAUUCCUGGGAAGCUUCUGGGUCUGAUAUGGAUGUUAGCGGGUCUUAUCAUCAUUACCAUGUUCAUCAGUAUCAUCACAGCAGCAUUGACCAAUGUCAGUCUGCUAGGACGGACCAACCUUCGAGGGGUCACGGUAAGUACUGGGACUGAGUUCGACCUCGGUAAGAAGAGGCUAAUUCUUUGUAGAUGGCACAAAUUACUUUCUUACUUCAUCAUAUUUCGGUAAAACUGGAGAAAAAUUGAAUUAACUUUAUUUGAACACGAAAGCCAUGAGCUAAUCAGUUUGAUUACUGUCAAAUGUUACCCUCGUUAAAUAAAGUCUACAACUACUACGGCUGCAUUAAACUGUAGCUCAACAGAGAGUUCGUGUUAAGAUGGAUUUUAUUCAAUUACAAUAAUAGUGAAGAGAAAAGAUUGGUUAUAGAUAAAGAUGUUUAAAAAGCUUUUGAUAAGAGGGUGAGACGAAGAAGAACCCUGAGUCUUUCCAAUGAGGAUUUUUGCCUCGAUGAGACUUUCCGAUUUUGACGACAUAUUCCCUAAUAACUGAAACACUUAGAAUAAAGGGGAGAAGUUUCUAAAGAAACUGUGGUGCUGCGUUAGUGUUGGGGUAUAACAAGAUAAUUUUGGUAUUAAUGAUGAUAACGUAAAGAGUUUCAAAGCUGACACUUCGAGCGUAAACCCUCUCGUCAGAACCAAUGGAGAAAUUGUGGGUUGUGUGUGGGUUUAUAUGCAGAAAAUGGAGCUACGCUAUUGGCGGGAACAUAGUGACGAGAAAAACAAGAAUAAAUUAGUUGAAUGAAAAGCGUUCGUUGAUACCGUGGGGAUUAAGAGUGCCGAUUUGAAAUAUUAAUUUUGUGAAAGAGUUGGAGGCUUUCCGAACUGCCUGGAUGUAAGGAAAGGCCGCAAACUGCCAUAUGCUGCUUAGAAUGAGUAAGGAGAUUAAAGUGUCUGCAAUUGGUUUGGAUGCGUCCUUGUCGUUCCUAUCUACGUCGUGGUGUUCUCAGAAUCGGUCAUCAAGUCGUCUUCCUGUUUCACCAAUGUAUACCUUUUUGCAAUAAGUGUAAGUUAUGCAAUAGCUGACAUCGGCAGCGGAGCACGUGAAGUGAUCAGUGAUCUUAAUGGAUCACUUUGGUCCUCGGAUAUUUUCUCAACGUUAUGAAUGAAGAACAAGUUUUGCAUCGUGAGCGUGCGCAUUUAAAAGUUCCAUUGAGGUUGGUCAUUGCUUUGUAAUGAACUUUUGUACAAAAAGUUACCUAAGUUUUAGUCACGUUUGAAUUAAAUAAGUGGAGGUUGCGAAAAGAUAGGGCGUCCAAUAAAUUCAUCGAUAGUCAGCCCUUCAAACAUAAUAGAAGGAAAAUACCGAUCGCAUUCCAUUCACUCUCAAAUUUCACCCUCACAACCACGCAGUUAAAUGCAUCAUUCUUAAAAACUUUAGAUUACUUCAAAAUGAUUCAGAGACUGGUAUUAUCAUUUUGCAACCUCCACGGUUUUUUAUUUAAACGUAACAAAAACGUAGGGAACUUUUUGCUCAGAAGUUCAUGACAAACUAAUGACCAACCUGGAACUUUCAGGGUCAGUUCUGUUAUUGAUACUAAGUUCAAAUGUUAAAAUUGUCCAGUACACUGCCGGAUGCUAACUGAUCACCAAACAACAUUCAACUGUACAUCAAAUAAAUUGUAUAGUAGCGGUAGAAAGGUGUUCAAGAAACUGCCUAAUGUCGGGCAAAUCGGUAUAGAAAGCACCAUUAAGUUUGAAACGAUACCCAACGGAUUCUAAGACGGACAGUACCACGAUAAAAAGGUCUGUAGCCAGGUUUUGGAAAAGUAAACAUUAUACACUUAGUUUGCUGGCUGAUUGUGUGGUGAGCCAAGGUAUCAAGAAUCGUGAAGUUUUAGAAUGAAGCAGCAACGAUUGAUACGUUGAGUAUCAAGAAGAAUGUUAAUUGAUAUUUUUUUGAAAAGAGGGGAGACCACGUCAUGAAAAUUGGAUUGUUCAUGACACAAUGCAUCGAAAAACGAGACCACAAGAAUGUAGAAGUCGAAUAAAAUAAGUUGGGAGAAAAUACCAUUUAUGAAGUUUUUAUGCCUUUUGGUAAUUAGUGAAGUUAGACUAAUGAAACUAAUUUAUCCUUAAUUGACUUUCGUGGCAGAUUUCAGUCGUUAAUCACAGCGAGGAACACAAGCUUGGAAUUCGAGAAAUUGCGAAUGUUGAAGGUAAACAACAGUGUUAAUUAUCUGUUUUAUAGGGCUUUGAAACAUCUCUGUAUUUCUCUAUUAUCAUUUUUAAAUUCUUGUGUUUAACUCAUAUCUUAAAAAAAACUUCCUGUAAUUUGCCCCUCAGUUUUCAAGGAGACGGUUGUAAAAGGUCACGAAACUGAAAUCGUGCGUGUUAAGAACAAAAUAAUUAAUGGUAAAUUUUUUUCGUAAGAACAAUCGCUGUCUAAUCGAGGGAUACAACAUUAAUUUUAACAAACAUUCAAAAUAAUUUGCAUUAUUAUUAUUAUAUUAUUAAGUUCACGUAUUUUUACUCAAAUUUUUUUCCGCAUUUACGGUUCACUCGUCGAAGACUGCAGUUCAGGCAGUCGAAAGCUCGUACUUUCUUAACGUGAUCGUUCUGGCCAGAGAUCGUUCUUAAAAAAAUACCAUGUUUUACCCUGGCUGCGGCUCUUUAAUAUUUUCAAAAUAAUUAGUGUUAACAGAUACUAGCUGCCUUCAAUCGAUUCCUUCCUUCUUCUUUAUAUUUCUGUUAGAAAUACUUUGAUGACGCACUUAGUUUUGACAUCCGCAACAGUUAAGGAGCAUGCGCGUGUGUUAUUCUGAUUCGUUCAUAAGUUUACCUAUAACUUAGUUGCUUUUCGUUUUCGAUUCAGUUUUUUAUUUUGUUUGGAAUCUUUGUCAUAAAACUAACACGUAUGGGUUAGAGGACGGAAAUAAUCAGUUGAAACAAUAAAGCGACAAAAAUUACCUCAUUAAACUUCGUUAAUUUUUUUCUCCGCCAAAGAACUCUGAAUAUUAGAACUAUCUGCUGAUGACAUUUCCAGGUGAUGUGAUCAGGAUCUUUAAAAGAAUCAGAUUCAGAGACCGAAACGCUGGCUUGACGACACCAUGACCCGAAACAAAUGAAAAUUACAUCACUGUUCUUAAAAGAUCAAUUAAGAUAAUGAACUCGAAAAAUAAAGCGCACAGACGAUUUUUUUAAAAGUUUCUCAUCUAUUCAUGUUUUGCAUAGGUCUUAGGCUCUUUCUAUCUCAGUUUAUCUCUGUCUCUUUUCUUUCCACUCUGUAAGACCGAAAAAAAUCGCGUUACUGCUAUGGUGACUGUUUGUUACGUUAGUACAGAGUAUAAAAAAGAAAAAGUACAAAGGAACCGGAUGAACGAAAUCAAAAUAAAUCUUUGAACCAGAUUUGCGCAAAGCUGUUGUUACGUUGUUGGUAUCCUUCCUUUCUAAGUGAAUAGGAAGGAAAAAGGUGUUUCAACUGUUCGGGUUCAACCAAUCAUUCAUGUUUGCUGUUGGGCAUUGUUUCAGAAAUGAUGAAAAAACAAGCAGUGCAUCGAACGAGACAUCGUCUGGGAACCUAAAACAUAGAUUGGCGUGCCGUUUGUAUCGAAAUAAUGAUCUUGUUUGCGAUCAUCUAUGGUUUAAAUGCAGUAGUGGCGUUUGUAGGAAAUCUCUUCGUCUUACUUGUGGUAGCAAUCUACAACCGUUUUCACAAAAAAAGAUACAUUUUGUUGGCCAGCUUAGCACUUUCAGAUUUGCUCUUUGCCAUACUGGUGGUCAGCAAUCGCGCCGCCGCCAAUGCUCUUGAGCAAUGGCCUUUUGGAACCACUUGGUGCCACGGAAACGUGUUUAUUGCCAGACUUCUUAACUUAACUACGAUGUUCCAUCUUUGUGCGAUAUCUCAUGAAAGAUACACUGCCAUCGUCAGGCAGCCAUUAACCUACACUGACAACUUCACCAAGAUGAGAAUAUUUCUCUAUCUAACUUUGUUAUGGUUUUUACCGGCGGCUAUAUCCCAAGGUCCGUUCAUCGGAUGGGGAGACUUUACCUACAACCCAGGAAUAUUCACUUGCGAGCAGCAUUGGGACAGACACACAACUUUUCCUUUGCUGAUAUCUUCUUUUCUUAUUCCACUGAUCUUAAUAAGCUUCCUAAACUACAAGGUUCUCAAAGUCGUCUGUCAGAUUCAAAGCAGUUUCAAAGUUGUAAGUGGCCUAUCCAGCAUAGAAAACAAGACGGCAGAUGAGUUGACCGGGCAGCAAUCAUGCUUCAGUAAUAACCAAUCUCAGAAUCCCAAUCAACAGCACACAAGGAAAUGCAAGAGUCCAGAUGAUACCAAGGGCGAAGGACAUGGGCCUUUGUCUCAAAUACAGAAUGCGACUGUGAAGAGCUUUCUCCCUUCUCAAAUGCAAGAUGAAGAAAAUGACCUAUAUCGACCUUAUCCUGCAGAAACAACUCUUUUGCAAGCACACCAGGUAGGAGAAGUACUUACAGCCCAAUACCGAUCCAAUGAUGGUUCCCCGCACCGAUUCCAUGGAGGCCGAUCGCACUCGUCACCAAAACAUUUACAUAGUCUAGUAGAUGUGCCAAAAAAUCAGUCCUUUUUCAAUGGCCAGAGCAACAAUUGCAAUGAAGCAGUAGAAAUUGGAUGCUCUAAUGCGAAGAUAUCUCAGAGGCACCAUCAACAAACCCAUCGUCAUGCCGUGGCAGAACGCGAACACGACAAAUUAGAUGAAAUAACUAUCGAGAUGGUCUUUGCUCAAAAAGGCCAGUCGUCACGACAACCUCAGAAUUUUGGCACUAUACAAGAUAACGAUGGAUUACAGAUAGGUGGUAUUAAGAGUCAGAGUCUCAGAAAGGAAAGAAAAACUGGGAGACGAACUGUUUACAAAAUCACAACUAAAAAUGCUGUUGGCGUAGCAACUGACGUCAAUCGAUCCCAAAGAGAAAGACCAUCUUUAGGAGAGCACAAAAUCAAAAUUCCAAGCCAGAAAAAAGAGGUUUACCCCGAAUGUGAUUUUGAAGCAGUCAGUCACCCAGUCACUAAAGCAAAGGCAUUGCCUGUGCAUCUACGUGAAGAAGAUUGCCUAACACCGCACAUCAAUCGAGGAACAUUCCAAGAUGAGCAGGCAAAGGAACGAGAAAUGCCAAUGAAUGGCAGUCCUUCAAAUUGCCACACUUUACAAGCGCCGGCAAAAAAUUGGGCAACCAAACAAAGAGAAAAGCCAGGAAAAACUGUGAUGUUACUUGCUAAGCUGCUUGGAGAGGGAAAAGCCGCCUGAGAUGUCAUGAUUAUAAUUGGAGCUUUUAUUCUAUGUUACCUUCCCCUAUGGAUCAUGGCUUUGUACCGUUCCCUUGGUGGGUGGACUGCGGCGAAGACCACUCUAUCAAUCCAUUACAUAUAUUCCUUCAGCAUGCUUUGUAAUCCUAUAAUCUAUUCUGUGAGAAAAAAAGGGUUUAGGAAAGCUCUGAAAAAGAUGUUAAGACUGUGAAAUUUAUUUUCUUCGAAGGCUUAGUUGUAGCUAAGAAGACUGCGUAUUUUUACUCUCUCAAUACAGAAGUAUAGUUUCAAACGACUCAAAAUUGAUGUAAACGCCGUUAUGAACGAAAUGUUUUAAAAAAACAGCUAAGUCCACAGUAUCCCAGCAGUCUCGAUAACAAUUCGCACAAUAUGCAAGUUAUAUAAUUAUUUUAUUGGUAAGGACGUGGUGUAGAUCCGAGUGUUGUCCAAAGUAUGACAUUAGUUAAUUUUUGCAUAUUAAUGACUAGUCAAGCAAAUGGCGUAACACUGAAGUUUAAUGAAAAAUUGAUACUGUUAUUACUGUAGAAGAAGAAAGCAAACUGUAUUGUGGCUUCAGUUGGUCGAGAGGAACAUAAUCAGCACUAAAAUUGUUUAGAAGUUCGGCCUGAUUCAUGUAAACACGUGUUGUUGAUAGAUAUGUAACUGAAGAGUAGAAAUCUGAAUACAGAAAAUGAAAUGCGUCAUUUAUGGCUUAAACAAUGAGUGUUCUAUGACUCUAUUGCACCUAUUCGUCAGUUAACAUUUGGACAUCAUCUGGACUUAAAAUUUCAUCUUGGUGAAAGUCAUGUGGUAUUUGAUUAGACUUAAUGGUUGACACACGAAGAUGACUUAGUUAACUCUUUAGACCCUAACAUUCCUGACAUCGGUAUUCAUUCUCUCCACACUGUUCUGAAAAUUUUUCUUAAGGUACUAAAUAAUCAAACAUAUGAUACAAAAAAAUACACGGAUAGUGGGAGGUUGACUUUCGAGGUUUGUUUACAUCAAAAGUCACGUGACACUACACGUGAACUCAAAAGCCUAAAAGGUGAAUUGUAACUGCAUUGUGACUUUGUUACUUAUGCAGCUCUGAGUAACAGCGACCAAGUGUUUCAAUAUGUGCUGGACCGUCGAGUGGAAGGUGCAUUGGUGGACGUACACGGACUCAAGCAUCACAUAAAUGCCCUCAAUCAACACAAUAUUCAGGUAAAUCAGUAGUGAAUACGAAUUCUGUCUGUUGUCUCUUGUCUGUUGUCUUUCGUUAUUUCCAUCCUGUAAAGUAGGAUAUGAACGAUCCCAGUGGCCAUCGUGAAAACGGUGAGGAUUCGGUGGUUCAAAUCUGUGUCGUUUUAAGUUAACACCAAUUCUGAUUCCUCAAUCCUACCAUAAUUUGAGGUCCAUUUCCUCGAAAAAAAUUUAGGGAAAUGCCAAAUUUUUGCUUGAUUAAAGUUUUGAUUUUUUUUUACAUCAUUGGUUAACGUGGCAACGCUACAGUCUCUUAAAAUAAGCGCAUUUAAUUUUCAGCCUUAUGCGCUCUUUAACUUACACGAAAAAGAGUUUGCUAAUCCCCACUUCGUUAUUGAAUUCCGAUCUUUCUACAAAAUUUUUAAUACAUCUGCGUAGAGGUUUAGAGACACACCUGAAAUUUGAGUUGAUUUUAGGCAAUUCGUUUUCUUGUUUCGCUGCAAAAUUGCAAGAUAGUUCCUCCCAAAAAUAAGGCAGGCUUAUUCUGCCGUGAUCGAACCAAAACUUUUACAUAUGAUCACUGUCCUACAGGUUGGAAACAUUCUAACGAGUCACGUUUCAUAUGGAGCGAUCCUUGCACACAACUCGACAGAUUUUUUGAAAUGCUUCAAUGAAUACGUUCAAACGGAAGAGCAAUGGCUUUACUACAUUCUGGCCGAAAAUACCGGAACCACACAGGUAGGUUUGACAAAGGAAGCGACAACUAUAUUUUAAACAAAAGAGAUUAUUAUAUGGCAAGGAAGUCUCGAGGUAAAUCCAUACGUCUUGAUGGGUUCCUACUUGGUCGGGAUUUCGCCACAUGGAUCGACUCCAAGGAAACGGCUACAAGCCGUGAAAUUUUGUACUCGAAAGUCAGCAAAUUCCACACAAAUAGGUUUGGUCUAGGUACCAUUUAAUAAACUACUCACUAACCUCGCUUAUUAAAACCGUACCGGGGAAUAUUGGCUCUCGCUUGUUUUUGUACAGACCACGCCGUGCUCGGUCCGUAUACUCCACGACCUCAGGCCAAUAUUCCCUAGUAGAGCUCUCGCGCUAGGCUACAGCCCUUACGCUAAAACUUAUUAUUUCAAUGAAAAGAGUACUGCACGCCUUUGGGUAGUGUAAUAAGCCUUGGUGACACUACUGGCAACUAAUGAGGUCCUUUUCUUGUUCAAAAGGAAAAGAUAAGCGUUGCAGAAGAUUACUUUGGAAGCGGAGGAAUAUUCAGCAUUACAGUAUAUGGUGGGCUGGCCUUGUUUGUGGUGCUCAUGGCCGCAGGGAUUGGCUGGGAAGCAUACAAGAAAAACAAAAUGAAAAACAGCGGGAAAAGCGGAGGUAAGGAAAAAUCUCCUUCUGUUGUCUCUUCUGGCCCGAUCCAGCUUAACCACUUUGAACGACACAAGGGAGAAUUUAUAUAAAUAUUGAGCAGCAAAUUAACAAAUCGACAGUAGUUCAGCGUGAUCUGUUGUCUUAUCGACAACACUAUUCGUCUACACAGUAGUCAAAUUGCUGUGCGCCUCGUGAGUCCGUUACAAAUUUGUCGUUGUCGAUGAAAGAACAGACCACGCUUAACCACAGUCGAUUUGUUUUUUACCACAAUAUCGACGUCAAACUAGACGAUCCUUUCAAUGCGUGACCAUUGCGUGAGACGCUGACGCGAGCGGAUUUCUCUUUACUCUCAUCGACAACGCCAAAUUGGCCAAUUAGAAUGCGACAUCACUGCCAAUUGUGGUAAAAAUAUUUAAACAUAUUCUUGCUCUCUACCAUCAGCAAGCUCCAUCACAGCACCCACAGCCAUUGUACUGGAGGACUUAGGGACCCACCCGACCCCACGGCUGUCCUUUGGUCAUGCACCUUCUGAGCAACUUGUCUCCAAACACAGCAUGGAAAUCAUGAAGAUGGACGAAGAGCUAAAUAAUUUCCGCCGGGACUGGCAGGAAAAACGUACGAAAAUGCUUGAGCGACAUCAGAGAGAACGAGCUGUUUCUGGUAUGAAUGGCGACACUAACAGUUCCCUAACACCUCUUAAAGGGAAUUGA